AUGCGGGAAAUCCCCAUCCCACAUGAGGUGUCUCAAACCAGCGAAUGGGCUAGCACUCAAAUAUCGCUAGAAGCGCCUCUAGUCGCUCUUGACCUGCAAGGUUCGAUUAUAUACGAACUGCGUGGGGAAGUUGCGGCACUAGACAACGACAUAAGUCACCUGACAGCGUUAUUUAAGGAUAACUUCCCAGCAUGUGCGGCCGCAGGCCAGGCGAUUACACUAUCGAAACAACAGAUAUUCGACACUGCAGCCAACAUAGAAUCAGUGGCCAUAAGCGCCAAACGGAUUAUAAUUUGGGAUAGUUUCCCCAAGUUCAAUUCUCCGGCUCAGGCAACCAAAACCCUACUGAAACGCCUUACAGCUCCAUCCGUAUCCAAACCAAUCGGAGUGUCGUGGCUGAUGUCCAAAUCUAACAAGACGAAGGUGGGCAUCCUUAUCACCCUCAACUCGGAAUCAGUAGUAGCAGACGCUCUCGCCCAAACCGAGACUCUGAAAAGGGCAUACAAUCUUCUCCGGGGAGUUUCCUCAGACAAGCCACUGCACACCCGAACUUAG